UUUUAAAAAGGGAAAAAAAAGAGCUAUCGCUGGAGUCGAUGUCGCCGAUGGCCCUCCCCUUCACCCAAACUCAACCCUUGUCGUCGCAUCUUCAUUUCCCAAACCCAAUCACCCGCGUCGUCUCCUCUUCUAUCGACCUCCCUCCGCCGCCACCCUCGCCCCCGCCCCCGUCAACAGGAAGACGAGAGAAGAGAAGAGAUCGAAUCGAGAUGGGCGUUAGCAGCAGUACUAGUUCGUGGCGGCGCGCUCUGGGGCAACGAUUCAACCGGGAGGGGGCGGCGUCGUUCCUGGGCGUCGCGGUGACGGAACCCCACCUCGCUCUCUCUCACCUCUCCGUCCCCGACAUCCGUUGGGUCGACUGGCCCGCCAUUCGCCGCCUCGGUUUCCGCGGCGUCGUCUUCGACAAGGACAACACCCUCACCACCCCGUACUCCCUCGCCCUCUGGCCUCCGCUUUCUCCCUCCCUCCGACUCUGCCAAGCUUCCUUCCCCGGAUCCGUCGCCGUCUUCAGCAACUCCGCCGGUCUAAAACAGUAUGAUCCUGAUGGAGCGGAGGCGAAAGCUCUGGAGGAGGCUAUCGAGGGGAUUCGGGUCGUAAAGCAUGGGCAUUUUUUCCCAGUCUUCUUUUUGUUGAAUCAACUUUUGCAUCUGGUGAACCAGCAUGGCAUACAUAUAAAGCUUUUAUAUGAGGUAAAGAAGCCAUCUGGAACAGCUGAAGAUAUAGAAAGGUACUUUGGUUGUCCAGCCUCACUUCUUGUCAUGGUGGGAGAUCGAGUUUUCACUGAUGUGGUAUAUGGGAACAAGCAUGGCUUUCUAACCAUUUUAACUGACCCAUUUAACCUUUCGGGAGAGCCUUUUAUUGUUAAGCAGGUCAGGAAAUUGGAGCGUCUUCUCGUGAAUUACUGGCGUAAGAAAGGUCACCAACCCCCAAAACACGAUCUUCUUGCGGGAGCUCAACGAUGUAUAAAAGUUUCACCUUUGUAACAUCCUUCUUAUUUUACAAGCAUAUCAAUUAUUUAUUAGCAUCAUUAUACAGAAUCUAGUCAGUAUUUGUUCAGCACAAUAUUUUUUAUAAAAAAACACGGAAAAGAAUUGAAUGGGGUGAUUUACUGUA